UUAUGAUUUCGAUGAUGCUAUGUGGGGGUUUUCGGGGGCGGUAAAUCGAUCUAGCUAGGUCUUAUCUCCGGGAGAACGCGCAUUUUUGAGUUUUUAUGUUUUCCGAGCAAAGCUCGGUCUCCUAGUUAUUAGUGGUAAUGUAACAGGGCACUUGCAGAAGCAGCAUGCGCCGGCAUGCAUGGCUUGGGGCCUGUUCGCGUUUAGCCGAGACGGCCGCCACCGCCUGGCCGGCGUGCUGCGCGCGCUACUCAUCGCGCAGCUCGUGGUCUCGCUCUGCAUGCUGAUCUUCUGCUACAACGCUUCGCAUAAAGUCAUGAUGCUGCUCAAGGAUAUUCAUAAGGUAGCAGUGGUUCUUCUCCACGGCCUCAUAAUAUUCCAAGCGUACGCGAUGAAGCUGCACUACACUAGCGGGCUGCGACUCGUCUCGUGGCUGCUCAAGUUCUCGCACUGGUCGCGCUCGAUUAAACUCUGCCGCGUGUGGCUCAUCAGUGGCACGCUGAUCGCGCUCAACGGCUUAGUGGUGUACAGUGCGCUCAACGGGACGCUUCAGGCUUUGACCAAAGAACUCUCCACAUCGUUGCGAGGCGGAAUAGCGCAGUACCUCACGGAGCCUACUUGGAAACGUCUUCUAGAUACCAUUCAGGUGGAGUUAAGCUGCUGCGGCGCGGACGCCCCUAACGACUGGCACGAGAUCCCAUGGAUCAACAUAAACUUCUUCAAUGAACAAUCCGACACUAUUAUGAUGAUUGCUGGUGCUGACGGCAAGGUGGUGCUUCCAGUAUCUCCGUACUCGUGCUGCACCCCUCGAGUGCUCGCCGCCUGCUAUCACGACCCUUUGCAGCAGUCGGAAUGGCGCGAAGUUUGGGAGGAAGGCUCUCCGCUACUAUCUGCCUCGCUCCACACGCGCGGCUGCGUCGAGGCCGUGCGCACUCCGCUCACUAAAGCUCUCCUGAUACUACACAUUCUACAUGUGUUGAUAGUGCUGUUCCAAGUAUUCAUCGUAAUAUUGACUCGGUUGCUCGCUACCAGCGCGGAGGACGCGGUGCUGCACGGGGACUGCGACGGCGUCGGACAGGGCUACAUCUUCUGGAGGGCGCCCAACGAACGUAUACGACGCGAUCUAAGAGAGCGGGCACCCUCGUCACUGUCGCUGAUGGGCAAGUGUAGCACCUGCGCGUUGCUGCUGGACCGGCAGCGCUGCGUGCUGUGCGUGCGCAGCCCGCACGCCCACCGCGCCUGCUUGCACCGUCCUUGAUCACGCCACGCCACGGGUGUUCCGGGACGAAACUCGAGUCAGUUGCAUAUAUCUGCAGCUCGACGUUUGUCCAUCGCUGAUAUCUGCGUCACAUUAAACUAAAGUUUUACAUGUCUACGAGUCAGUUGUUAAAUUAUCGAAUCCCAUACCUAAGCUUGUCCGCGCUAAAGUACCUAAGUGGAAUCUAGAUGAAUUCAAAGAUAACCGCUAUUGUGAUUGUUUCUCAGUGUGUUCAUGCUACGAAUACUUUAUAGUUAGAGACUUGAAUAUACGUAAUUAGCUAACGGAUAAGUAACAGGAAUUAACCGUAAAAUUUUUGUUCGUAAGUAAAUAUUUGUACAUAAGGUUUGUAAAUAAAAUACUUGACGUAAUCAA